AUGCAGCCCCAUCAUGGAGCUCCCCACCUAAAGAAACACAUUAGAAAAGUGGAAAAGGUUAAAAUAUUUGCGGCAAGGAAUUCCCUUCAGACGUUGGAUUUAUCUAUAUUACUCUCUUAUCUGUUCGAUGUUGAAAAUACAGCUGUGUUCAUCGAUGUUGAAAAUACAGCUGUGUUCAUCGAUGUUGAAAAUACAGCUUUCAUCGAUGUUGAAAAUACAGCUUUGUUCAUCGAUGUUGAAAAUACAGCUGUGUUCAUCGAUGUUGCAAAUACUGCAAAUAUUCUAUUAGGGAAAGAUGGCCGGGUAAGCAGGCUGGCGGCAAGUCACGGGAGCCGGGAGGGCAGUGGGGGCCCGGGUGGGGGCGGGCCCACCCCAGGGGGCGGCAUCCCCGGCACCAGCGGGCCACCCCCACCCUCAGCAGCUGGCACUGCUGGAGGCACUGCCCGCCGGGGAGGCACGACCACCGGACAAGGCGGGCCUGGUCGAGGUCCCUCGUCGUCGGGCCAGGUAGGAGGCGGUGAGGGUGGCCAGUAUGGUGUAGGUGGCCCUGGGGGUGGCCCUGGCGGCGGCGGCGGCGGGGGUGGCGGCACCCUUGAGGACACCCUGGAGCAAUGGAGUCGGAACCCGCUACUGUGCUGGCUGUGUGAGGAGCUGUACGACGAGCCCUGCCUCCUGGCCUGCUACCACACCUUCUGCACACGCUGCCUUAGACCCAGGCUCCACGACUCCAAGAUCGUCUGUCCACUCUGUGGGAAGGUGACGGGGCUGAAGGAGGGCCAACUGCCGCCCCGGGACAACUUGAUGGUGUUCCUGGUGGAGUCGUCGUGCGAGGAGCGACCUCAGUGUGCCAACUGUGAUAAAACUAACCAGUCCGCCAUGUUCUUCUGCAACACCUGUGGUCAGGUGCUGUGCGGCCACUGCAGGGAGGAGACCCACAGAGCCAGAAUGUUCUCCCUUCACGACAUCAUACACAUGUCUAAGAGAGGCAGAGAAGUCAACAGGAAGUGCGCCAUGCAUGGUGAGCCUCAGAUCAUGUUCUCCACCACCAAGAGGACCAUGUUGUGUAUCACCUGCUUCAGGGAGUCCUCCAUAGACGCCCGCCUACACUGCAUUGACCUCGACACUGCCUAUACCCAAGGCUGCAAGAAACUCGAUAGAGCGGUCAUGCUGCCCGGAGAGACGCUACUGCCCAUCGACACCGCCUAUUCCCAGGCUCGACAGAAACUCGACCGAGCAGCAAUGAGCAUACGAGAGCUGCAGAACUCUGUGCGUGACGGCGUCAUUCUCUUCAAGGCGUUGCUUGACGAACUCCGCAAGAACAUGGAAACCGAGAAGCAUAAUAUCAACACCCUGACGGAAAGCCUUCAGGAGACCGUCAGGAGAACUCAGGACAACCUUCUUCGGGAGGUGGAUGGGCAGUACGACGCUAAAGACAAGCUCUUCAGGAGCCAACUGUCAUCCCUGGGAGCGCUCCUGCCCAUCAUCCAGGUGCACCUCCUCAUGUGCACCACCUUCUCCUCCUCGGCCUCCAAGUACGAGUUCCUCGACCUGGUGUUCCAGCUGAUGGAGCGACUGGCAGCCAUCGCUCACCUCUCACACCCGCUCAGCUCUUUCCCCAGGCCCGGUCAGAGCAGUCAAGUCCGGAGCAGCUUCAAGAGUGAGUUCUCCAGGAGUCUUGAGCCCCUACUCUCCAGCGUCGGCAAGGGAAGGGCAGGGGAGCCCCUCACCAUGCCCUCAGGGUCGUCUGGCUGUAGCGAAAAGCAGUCUUCUGAGGGAGGGUGCGCGUCUCGCCCUCCUUCGGCAGCCUCGGUGAUGGGUCCCGCCUCCUUCGGGAUGCCGGGGUCCAGACGCUCACUCUCCGCCGCCAAGCUCAAGAUCCUGGAGAGUGGCGGACCCUUCGCUGAACACUGCAAGACGCACGAUAAUAAAUUUAGGCAGGAAUUGACAGGCAAGUUCACUAGGCUAAAAGAAGAGGCCCAGGAGCUCCACCGAGACGUGACGCUGAGAAGGUGCUUGACGAGACGGGGCCGCGUGGAGGAGAUCGUGAGGGAGUGUGCGGCCCUCGAGGACGAGUUCCACGCUUACACCGACGAGAUGGAGGAGCUGAGGGCCGUCUUUGACGCCGCUUGGGACGAGCAGAUACAGAGGGUCUAUGCUGAGCAGGAGGUCUUCCAGUCUCAGGUGAAUGACGUGGCCAGCCUUCGGGACGAAAACAAGAGACUGAUGAUCAUUGCUCAGCAACUGGAACCUUACAUCCGCUCCAUCACCGCCCUCAUGGAGAGAAUAUCUCCUAAGCUUCAGGUGCCCCAGAGUCAAGCCGCGUCGACGGCGUCUGUGGUGGACUCCAGCGAGAACAUAAUGCAACAGAUCCUGGACCAGAUCAGCGCCUGCAAGCCUGAGCAGCAGCAGAGAGCCGAGGGGCGGGGGUGUGCGGACGGGGCCAGCCGGGUGUCAGGCCCCGUGGAUGAUUCAGGAGGCGGCUCUGCCAGUUCUGCCAUGCUCCUGGGUGGGAUCCCUAAACCGCCCGACCCACCCCAUACCCGCCGGACGCCAGACCACGAGGAAGACCAGGAGAGCGAUCAUGGCCAUGGCUUCUCUCCAGGGCCGGGCUCAGGCCGAGCAGAUCCGGGCCCCACUAGGGAGGGAGAUAAAUAUCGCGGGCCUGUGUCGCCCGCGUCCUCCAUGGCCUCCACCUUAGCAUCCUCCGUGUUGGGCGGCUCCUACGUGGAGGUGCGGCGAGCGGAACGCAGCAUCAGACGCAAGCGGCAGAACAGCGAGGGAGACUCGCUGGUGUGGGAACGACAUCGUGGCUGCGAGAGCGAGAGUGAAAUGGUCUCAUCCACGUCGUCUUUGCGAAUAAACCAGCGCCGCGGUUCGGAGGGCAGCGACGUGGAAGAGGUUAAAAAAGGGGUGUUCAUGCAGCUCUUGGAGAAGGUACGCCUACGCGACGAAAAAAAGAGGCAUGACUAUGAGAGUGACGUCGACGAAGGUCGGGCGUCGUCCAGAGAGCGCGGCGCCGUUGGUCGGGUGGUGCACCGACUCUCUCGGACUAAGGCCAUGCCUGACCAUCACCCUGACCGCUUCCUUGACCUCGCGGCCGCCGCUUUUGAUGCCUCGGCAGUUCCUGAGAGGCCCAAGUCUGCCUGUGAUAACACACUAUUACGUGCAGCUGCCAAAUUGUACUCUGGGAUCGGUUCGGUUCGAGGUAUCAGUUCUGAGCCUGAACCCAACCAUGGCACUAGUGCUGAGCGCCUGGACGAGAGCCAAGUGCGAGCGGUGGCCGCGGCCUGCCGUUCCCGCGAGAGUUCUCUUGGACGAGCGCGGUCAGCGGAGCGCGAAGCAGGCAUCCGGACUCCCAAAGCCGUGGCAGUGCCCCAGGUGCCUCAGGGAGGUCAAGGUAAGCCAGGGGAAUUUAACUUAGGGGAAGUAAAAGCCAUCGUUCACGCUGAGCAACUGGGGGCACCCAGUCGCAAAUCUCCUGGCCGUAAAGACAUUGAGACUAUAUACGCUGUGGCCACUGUCCCCCGCAAGACCACAUCCAAGAAAGAAAACAUCUAUGAAAAUGUCCCGUUAUCGACGGAAGUGACUUUGAGCAGGACUUACCGGGACGACCUGCACUCCAGGCCAGUAUUCAAGAAACAGAACUCUCUAGACGCUCUGCCGUCGGACGCCGGCAGGGGCGGCGGGACGCGGAAGAGCGAGGGUGGCAGCAGACACGGCACCCUGAGGAAAGCAGACAGCUUCGAGGGUCAUGAGGAAGCAGUGAAGACCCUAGUAGCUGCUGUUCAGGAAACGAGAAUAUUAAGACGAAAGAAGACUAAAUGAUCUUCAUUUAUAGACUUAAUUUUUAAAGAGACGUGUUUUUACGAGCAUUUUCAGUCUUGUCAUUGCCUGCAACUGAGAAAACUAUAUCUUUGUUUCUUCUUUCCAAUCCAUGUUAAGUGCUGGAAAAAUAAAAAUGGUGGCGUGCAUAACGUGUGAUUCUAAAAGCAAACUAGAACAGAAAAUGCAUAUAAGUUUAAACCAAUGCAACAGGCUCCGAAAAGAGGGCACAUGCUUGUGAAAUCGAACAUUACCGAAGAUUCUGUGCUGGUUUAUAAAAAGUGUUAAGUGUUGUGAUGAUAGAACUGAGUAAUUCCAAGGUGUUUGCCCAUUGUGAAGUAAGAGGAUGUCUCAGCAGUGUUGCCAGUGUAGCGUCCCAUCGCAGUGGGAAAAGACUAUUGAAUCACGAGGGUCUCGAGCAGUGACCAAGAGUGGUAACAGUGGACCGUCAGUUUGUAUCCAUUGCGGGUCAGAGUAGCUGGCGGUAUGUACCACAAAACGGUUAACGGUUCGUAGCUUAUCACAGACAAGAAUCUAACUGGUGGUACGUACAACGAGCUGGUCCGGCUAAUGCUGUAUAUACCCUAAGGUAGAGAAGCAUCUGAAUGAUGGUAUGGACCACAAGGUGGUCUCGUGUCUAGCUGGCAGAACUCUCCACAAGUUCAUAUAGUGUUGUCUCAAUACAUUAGUGAAAAGGAAAAUAAAAAUACAUAGUUCCGAAUAAUAAUUGUGCAUAAUGGAGUACCAAAGUUGUUCCGAGACGCAACCUCGAAAAAAGGCUCUGUGGUCGUGACCGUUAUUGGCGGGUGAAGUGUGCUGACGUCACUUGUGAGAGAGGUCGUGCUAGACCACUACCAGGUGCUCUACUAGCCAGCAACAAACACAUUAUAUUAUGUACUUUGUUCAUGAAAGAUGAUAAAGAGUGUUCUCAAGACAGUCUUUUAUACAUAUGAAGAAAAAAAACAAGUUAUGUAAACCGUUAUUUCACCACCACCCCCCCCCCAAACAAAAUCCUCAUAACAAGCCAAUUUUCAAAUUUUAGAAGAUAUGAUUGCCGGCUUUCUCGUAGGUGCUCAUUCAGUACUGUGUACAUGAUUUUCAGAAUGGAGUUCAUUGCAAAUACAUUGGUUAACCUCCUUCAUAGAAGUCAAGACUCAGUAUUUAGUCAAAGUAGUGUGGUAAUACUGCCCCAUGUUUGUCAUAUUUAUGUUCGUCAGUGGAAGGGGGUGGACGUUCAGUUUGCCAUUACAUUUAAUCAAAAGCUAGAUUACUUUAGGGCGCUACAGGGCUACAGAUCAAAUUAAAUAUUUCAGAGACAAAAGCAGUCGAAUCAAAAAUGAGGAAGGCCUAGUGCUAGAGGUCUCGAACCAAAAAAUAUUGUAGGUUUUACCCAGAUUUCUGAUGUGAAUUGAUUGUAGGUACUCAUUCUCAUGCACGCGUGGUACUCUUAUUAUUGUCCGGAUUUUCUGCAUCUGCUGCGUCUCUGUUCAAAUAUUUUUGUUUCACUACUCUAUGGAUAGUUACAUUCUAGUUACACUACUUCUCUCUCUCUCUCUCUCUCUCUCUCUCUCUCUCUCUCUCUCUCUCUCUCUCUCUCUCUCUCUCUCUCAUACACACACACACA